GUCCUUUCAUGUAAAACGCCAUCUUGGAAAAUACUAGUAAUCCACGCGGUUUUACGCGAAAAUCAUUGCCUUUUCUAAUUAGCUGGCGGGAAAUAUUAGGCUAAAUAGCAAUCAAAUAUGCCAUCUAAUAAUCAACUAGAUCCUAAGGAGAAUGCUCUCUUUAAACGUGUCCUAAAAUGUUACGAGCAGAAACAGUACAAAAAUGGUCUAAAAUUCGCAAAACAAAUUCUCUCGAACCCCAAAUUCUCAGAACAUGGAGAGACUCUUGCUAUGAAAGGUUUGACUUUAAAUUGUUUAGGCAAGAAAGAAGAUGCUUACGACUACGUUAAAAAGGGAUUAAAGAAUGAUUUAAAGAGCCAUGUUUGUUGGCACGUAUACGGUCUUUUGCAGAGGUCAGAUAGAAAGUAUGAGGAAGCUAUCAAGUGUUAUAGAAAUGCUUUGAAAUGGGACAAAGAUAACUUGCAAAUUCUUCGGGAUUUGUCUCUUUUACAAAUUCAAAUGCGAGAUCUAGAGGGAUAUAGGGAAACUCGAUAUCAAUUACUGGUUUUACGUCCGAUUCAACGUGCCUCAUGGAUUGGUUACGCCAUGGCUCAUCACCUACUAAAGAAUUACGAAAUGGCUUUUCAAGUUUUGGAAGAGUUUCGUAAAACUCAAUCCGACGUUAAGCCUUGGGAUUAUGAACACUCGGAAUUACUUUUAUACCAAAAUAACGUGCUGACAGAAGCUGGAAAUCUGCAGGCAGCACUCGAUCAUCUUAAUAAAUACGAAACACAUAUUUUGGAUAAGUUAGUUUUGUUCGAAACCCGAGCCUCUCUACUGCUAAAAUUAGAAAUGUUUGAAGAAGCGGAAAACAUUUACUUGAAACUAAUAGACAGAAAUCCUGAAAACAAAGCUUAUUAUGAAGGAGUUGCAGCUGCAAGGAGAUGUGAAACACCUGAAAGUAAAUUAGCAAUAUAUAAGGAAAUUAAAGAAAAGUAUCCCAGGGCAUCCGUUCCACGAAGAAUGCCCCUAAUAUUUGCUAGUCCGAGCCAAGGUUUCAAGGAAUACGCAGAUGCGUUGUUGAGGCGAUCUUUGCAAAAGGGCAUCCCACCGUUAUUUGUCAUGCUAAAGCCGCUCUAUCAGGACGCUCAAAAAGUGACCAUUUUGGAAGAAUUAAUUCUGCAAUACGCUAAUAAUUUGAAAAGUUGCAAUAAAUUCCAUCAUGACGACGAUGAAACUCAAAAUCCAACCGUAUUAUUAUGGACAUACCAUUUACUAGCUCAACAUUUCGAUCAAAUCGGAGAUACUGUGAAAGCUCUAGAUUACAUAAAUGAAGCUCUUAAUCAUACUGUCACUCUCAUAGAAUUGCUUGUAGUCAAAGCAAAAAUUUUCAAACAUGCUGGCGAUGUUGUUCAAGCUGCAGAGUGUAUGGAUGAAGCACAAAGUUUGGACACUGCUGAUAGAUUCAUUAAUUCUAAGUGUGCCAAAUAUAUGAUUAGAGCUGGAUGGAUGACUAAAGCUGAAGUUAUGUGUGCAAAAUUUACAAGGGAAGGAAUGCCCGCUACCGAAUCACUUAAUGAAAUGCAAUGCAUGUGGUAUCAGAGUGAAUGUGCAGCUUCUUAUAUGAACCAGGGCCGUUAUGGUGAAGCCCUUAAGAAAUGUGUCGAAAUCGAUCGGCACUUUAUGCAAAUUAAUGAUGAUCAAUUUGAUUUUCAUACUUAUUGCAUGAGAAAAAUGACGCUUCGAGCGUAUAUUGAUCUAUUGAGACUUGAAGAUCGUUUGAAAUGUCAUAAGUUUUACGUGAAAACAGCUACUAUAGCUAUAUCUAUUUAUGUUCACUUGCACGAUCACCCUGUAGCUGAUAGGAAACAGAAAGACGACAACGAUUCUGGCUUAUCGGCAUCAGAAUUAAAAAAACGUAAAAAUAAGGAACGAAAAGCGGCUAAGAAGGCUGCUGCUGAGCAAGCAGCUAAAAGAGCUGAAGAAGCGAAAAAAGAACAUAAUAAGAAAUUACCUCCUGCCGAUCCUGAUAUAGACCGAGUUCCAGAAGAAACUUUAGAUCCUGAAAAACUAGAAAGAACAGAGAAGCCUUUGGAUGAAGCAAUAAAAUUCCUAAAACCAUUGCUGAGCUUACGUCCAAACGAUUUGAACACGCAUAUUCUGGCUUUUGAGAUUUAUUUCCGAAGAAGUAAACCCCUACUGAUGCUGCAAGCAAUUAAAAAGGGACUCAGUAUUGAUACCUGUGAUCCUGUUUUGCAUACAUGCGUAAUUAGAUUUUUGAAAUAUGUCGCCAGUACCAAGCACGACAACCCAGCUGUUAAGGAAGUAUUGGAGUCGGAAAUGGCUUCUCUCUUUCCAAACGGUGUUGAUCCAGUUGUAGUCAACAAUAAAUUCUUAGAAAACUACCCAAAGAGUUUACCCCACCUAUUAGCAGCCGCAAAGAUGAUGUUUUUGCUCGAUACAGAGACUGGUGAACGCGCUAGAUCUUUAGUAAUUGGGCUAAAUUCUGAUCUAACCUCUGUUAACAUUAAGUCAUGCACAGAGGUCCUUAAGGCCUUGGAAGGAGAUGAAUUAGGUAAAUGCGAAAAGAUGUAUCAAGACUACAAAGAAUUGUGCCACGAGAAGUUCCCGUUUGCUCGUGCGUUCUUUCCUCCUAAUAAACUAGUUAAUGGUAAUUCAGAGGUGGAAAACGAACCAUAA